GUUAGCUGGACUUAGAGAUGGACUAGUCAGGUAUGACUUAAGGCAAAUCCUUGAAAUUUAACGAGCUGCUUACCGAUCUGCCUUUUUCUACUCCUGUCAGGUUGGUUAGCAAAAAGGGAUAAAGAUGCCGGACGCAGAUGAGAUCGAGCGGGGCCCGGCCGCUACGCCGGCAGACUUUGUCAAGACCGUUGAGAAAAAGAAAUUGGCACGACUUCAGGUGCCGAAAAUUGACAUCUUCCUGUUUGAAGGGGAAAGGGUGUCAAAAUGGUUGGAGCUACUGGAACAAGUUACCGCCGAGGUACCCGAAGAAGACAAGUUCAAGUUCCUACCUCGAUUCAUCUGGGGGGAAACCCGACCCGAAGUAAUGAAGGUGGUUGCUGGAGCAGGGGGAGACUGGGCUAAGUUCAAGGCAGAAAUGCAGAGGCGGUUCAAGUUAGGGGAUGGCUUGUUAACGAAGACGGACUUGGAGAUGUUACAGCGAGACGAGUUCUCCACGGUGGGAGCUUUCGCGACGACAUUUGAGAAGAUGGCAAAGAAAGUCCCCGGGUUUGUGUUGAGGGUAGACUCAACUGCUCUAGUUGGCUCCUUUAAGAACCUCGCACUUUCAGAUCCAACCAUUGCCAGGUGGUUGACGUACAUCUGGAUGUUCGACUUCGAAUUAGAGCGUAUUCCUGGGAACAAGAAUAGGGCAAAUGGGUUAAGUCGCGUCGACUGGGACAAGAGCAACAAAGGGGUAAUAGAAGAUACUCCGCCAGCUGAUGGAUUUCUGGACAAGGAAGAAGACGUUAAACUCCACAUUAACUCCUGGUCAUUGGCUAUAGGUAACUAUGUUACUCCUGGACGACCUAUAUGGCUCGCACCUCCAGGUCAUGUGCCGCGGCCGAAUAUAGUCCUCAAACCUUAUGUUGAGGAAGAUUCUUGGGGAAUGUCAGGAGUGGAGUGGAUGAUGGAGUUGGCCUUGGCAGACAAGUACCAGUUGCGGGAAAACUUGGUCACAUUGGAGACCGGACCCCAGCAGGUAGAAAAGCAUGAACGAUUGGCAGGUGGAAUGUACCUGUUGGCAAACUCGUUGCUUCAAGAAGAGGUUGCUAGGAUUGAAGGAGGAAGGCAAGAUAGAGAGGAGAACGUGAUCCAUGAAGGAGAGGACGAUGACUUUGAAGAAUGUGAGAUAAGAGAGGUCUUUCGCGAAGAAGAAUUCGACGGAGUAUAUCUAGAAUUGGGAAUGCUCCUUUCGUGCGAGACAAGAGAAAGAGAUGCUAGCGAAAGAGUCCUUAAGAUGCGGUCGAAUUUCCUAGUGAGAGACGACCAUCUAUUCAUGAGAAGUAAAGGAAAGAAUCCCAGAAGGGUAGUCUGCGGAAUAAAUCGACAGAUUGACGUUAUGGUCGCCCUUCAUGAUGGGACGGCUGGUGGUCAUAAGAUCACAAAUGCAACAUACUUAAAGAUUCACGAACUAUAUUAUUGGGAUGGCAUGGGACACAUGAUCGACAAAUAUUGUAAAUCUUGCAUACCGUGUCAGGAGCGGUCUUCGCUAAGACCUAGGGAACCACUUCACCCUAGAUAUAUACGUGAGGUCGGAGCAAUCAUUUAUCUUGAUCUAUUAGCGAUGCCUCUGGGAAUAAGAGGGUUCAACUACAUCUUUGAUGCACGAGACAAUCUCUCAGGGUUCGUUGAUGGUAAGGCUAUUCGCACGAAGACCAGAGAGAGUACCAACUACGCGCCAGCUACAUUAUGGUAUGACAGACAUGUGAUGUUCCCUGUAGAGAGUUUCCUAAAGACUUGGAGGCGACAAGACCUCGAGACAACCUUGUCUUUUGAGGACUUGCUUGAUCUAAGGGCACGUCAAAUUGGAGCCAUAGAGGAUAAGGUACAGAAAGCGGCAAGUAGGGUGACUGACAAUCGAACCAAGGACAAGUUCAGGUGGGACCAGUUGGCACGAGUAAGGAAGGAACCUCUUAAGGUGGGAGACGCUGUGCUGCUGUACGACUCGUUCCUGGAGAAGAAGUGGUCGAGGAAAUUGGACAAGCGGUGGUUAGGGCCGUACAGGAUCACAAGGUGUAGCGAGCAUGGAGCGUACCAAAUCGAAGAAAUGAAUGGAACGGCAUGGAAGGAUUGGGUGUCAGGCUCGAGGUUAAAAAAGUUUGUCGCCCGGGAUGAGGAAGGUUUUGCGGCAGCCAAGGCUUCUGAUGAAAAGAUGGGGAAGAGGUUGACAAGGGUGGCAUGGGCGUCUCAUGAGCAGAGAAUGGACUGGCAAAAAGAAAUUGACGAUCUGAAGAAGAAAGGGAAAAGACAGGACAAGGAGGUGGAAGUCAUGAAGGCUGAGGUGGAGAAGGCCUGGUCAGGCAACGAGGCCAUCAGACAGGUCAACGAGACCCUCAACAAAGUCAACGACACCCUGAGGACCUACCUGCAAGUACAACAAAAUACUUUUCAGGCAAAGGAAGCUAAGUGGGAGAAACGGAUAGAGGAUCUUGAGGCCAAAUGUGCACAGCAGGCGCCAAUUACAGUGGUGGAUUGGACAGAGGUCCAAGGGUUUGGGAUCAGAAGACAACCCGCAGAAGAGGCCUUCAACUGCCAGAAGGUGGAAGAGAGGGCAAAUCAGCAAAAGGGUGAGGAAAUCCCCUUGCUAGACAAGGAGAUGAUGCGGCCUGAGGAGAUACCCACAAGGAUGGAGGCGGAGGUCGAUGAAUUUGAAUGGCAAAUGCCCUUUAUUUUGGCAUUUGAGCAGAUACAGAGGAGGGGGGAUACAACGCAGCAGGCAGAGUCCACGCAAGAUGAGGGUGUUCCGAUGAUCACUCAGGAAGAAGUUACAAGAGUGCAGGAAGCCUCGGAGGCUGUAAGGCAAGCCAUGCCUGAGGGAGAGAACCUGGAGGAGUGUCAGGAGUCGACCAUACCUCAGGGAAACAAGAAUAGGGCAGACGAGCUGGGUCGCGUCGACUGGGACAAGAACAAUCAAGGAGUGAUCGAGGAUACUCCGCCAGUCGACGGGUUCCUGGACAAUGCGGAGGAUGUGACACUUCACAUCAACUCCUGGUCAUUGGCCGUGGGAAGAUCGCUUAUGGUUGAAAAUGGGGCGCUACAAGUGAGCGAGCACGAGAAGGUGAUAUGUGGAAUGUACUUGUUGGCGAAUGCGCUGCUUCAGGAAGAGGCAGUCGGGAAUACGGUACAACGGCAAGAUCUGGAAGAGGGUGACAACGUGAUCCAUGAGAGGGAAGACAAUGAUUUUGAGGAAGGAGAGAUCAAGGAAGCAUUUCGAGCAGAGGAAUAUGAGGGAGUAUACCUUGAACUCGGCAUGCUUCUUUCGUGUGAGAUGAGGGAAAGGGAUGUUUGCGCAAAAGUUCUGAAGACGAGGCUAAGUUUCCUGGUGAGGGAUGGUCAUCUGUUCAUGAGGAGCAAAGGAAGGGAUCCCAGGAGAGUAGUCUGUGGCGUCGUUCGCCAGAUCGACAUUAUGGCGGCACUGCACGACGGUACGGCAGGUGGCCACAGAGGUUCAGAUACGACUUACCUCAAGAUACACGAGUUGUACUAUUGGGAUGGUAUGGGGCAGAUGAUUGAUGACUAUUGUAAGUCUUGUGUACCAUGCCAAGAACGGUCUGCUCUUAGACCUAGAGAGCCGCUGCACCCGAGGUACGUUCGUGAGGUUGGAGCGGUCGUGCACUUGGAUCUAUUGGCAAUGCCGUUGGGAAUAGGGAGCUAUAACCUCAUCUUUGAUGCACGGGAUAACCUCUCUGGGUUUGUGGAUGGCAGGGCCAUUCGCACAAAGACUGGCGAGACGCUGGCUAGAUGCAUCGAAGAAUACUACCUUCAUUAUCCCUUCGUUUCCAGGUUUGUGAUGAAUAGGGGGUCUGGAUUCACAUGUGCGGAAGUAAAGACUCUAUUGAAGAAUUAUGGGGUAAUCGUCGAAUACACCACUGCAGCGCACCCUCAAGCCAAUGCACCUAUGGAGAGAGGGCACGACACCAUCACAAAUCUUCUUGCCAAGUGGACCGAUGGCAAACCCAAUCAGUGGCCGGAUUUUCUAAGCAUCGCUUUCUUUGUGGACAAUAUUACUGUCAGGAGAAGCACUGGCUAUGCACCGACUACAUUAUGGUAUGGCAGGCACGCCACGUUCCUUAUCGAGAGCUUCCUGAAAACCUGGAGGCGACAGGACCUCGAGACUGAUCUGACCUUUGAGGAACUGCGGGAUUUGAGAGCACGUCAGAUUGGUGCUAUUGAGGACAGGAUUGAGGAAGCAGCAAGUAGGACAGCCGAUAGUCGUACCAAGAACAAGUUCCGAUGAGAUAAAAUGACGAGGGUGAG